AGCCUAGCGUGUGUGGCCGAACUUUCAAAGAUAUUUAAAGACCACAGUGGCCAUGAAAUCACACACCAUCUCACUCACUGAACACCAUGACAAAACGCAUCCUCUUUGUUUUUACGUCUGCGAACCGCACAUUGACAGGUGCCAGCACGGGAUGGUAUCUUCCUGAAGCUGCUCAUCCUUACUACGUCCUCGCACCCCAUUUCACUAUCGAUUUUGUUUCUCCUGCGGGUCCUAAUCCACCUGUGGAUGAAUACAGCGUCCAGACGUUCCCGGACGACAUAGGCAAAUUCCUUGAAGAUCCUGUGGUCCAGAAGAAGCUCUCGACCGCUAAAAAGCUCUCUGAGGUUAAGCCUGAUGAUUAUGAUGCGGUUUUCUAUGUAGGGGGUCACGGCCCUGUCUUGGAUCUGGCAGUGGAUCCCGUCAAUAUCAAGCUUGCAUCUGAAUUCUACCGUGCUGGAAAAUUGGUCGCCGCUGUUUGUCACGGACCAGCUGCCCUUGUUGGUGUAACUGACGAGUCUGGAAAAUCUAUCUUUGCUGGCAAACCUGUCACCGGCUUCUCGAAUGUUGAAGAGGAGCAGAUCGACAAAGUGAAGGAUCUGCCCUUCUCGUUGGAAGACAAGAUCUCCAGCCUUGGGGGCAAAUACGAGAAAGCAGCAGAACCUUGGGGGCCCAAGGUCGUCGUCGCUGGCAACCUGAUUACAGGGCAAAAUCCGGCUUCAGCUUAUCCGAUUGGAGAAACAAUUCUCAAGGCCUUGCAGAAAUAGUGUGCUACUGGUAGAAGCAGAAUUGUCCUGAAAACGGUGUCCCUCAGCAUUUCUCGUACCUUGCAGUAUGAAUCUAUCUCAACUGAGGCGAUGUAAGAGAAUAUUAAAAAUUAGUACAGAUCUCGCGGGUACGACCUACAACUGUAUCGUAUCAAAUAUAGGCUACAGACAUCUUCCAGCCCUUUUUUAGUGUGAAGCCAUCUAAGGCGUCUUUUGCGGUUGAUGCAAGUUCUGGGGAGUCGAAGAAAACUUGCGCCAUCUUUACGCUUGCACCAGCAGCAUUUGGAGUUGGUGAUUGAGCGACAUGUGUUGAUUGGAAACCUUUG